AUGCGCGCGCUCAAAAGGGUUUCUUUCAAUGCCGUCGAUGAAGUCAGCUUUCUCAUCGUGAAGUCAGCUUUCUCAUCGUCACCGUUCGUUGGGAUCCGCAUUCAAAAGUUAGAAUUUUGCUGCGCGAGUUGCUCUAUUGAACGUCGAACAACAAAACGAUCAGGUUCAGGGAGGCAGAUUGGACGCGGUACAAGGGAGGGCCACAUGGCACCCCAUUCUAGCUUACCACCACCGGCAGAGAAUCCACACCAGCGGCAACCUCGACAAGUUCCUUACAAGUACCUUGUUCCCCUUGUAUAUGCUCCCAUCCUCCCAUUAAUUCGAAUAGGUCUAGCAAAACAACCGAAACUCAGGACGCGAGUUUUUGGGUUAGCUGUCGGGGCCGCGCUCCUCCACGGGGCGUGGCUUAUAAGCGAUCUGUACAACCAAGAAAGUGCAUCUACCGUUCCCAAGGGAAGACGAAGACACGAGUAAAGCGGUCUCAGGCAAGGCAGGUGAACUGCUUGUGGUCGAUCCAUUCCUUGCAUUCUAGUCUCAUCGUGUCUGCCGACGAUCUUGCAGCUCGCUUUCCUAUAGUUUCCCGAAACGACAUUCCGUUUUAGGGGGUGUUUGAAGCCUGAUCGCAGACAGCUUAGCUCUUGAAACGGGCUCGCCGACUCAAACGACAGGGACAAUCGAUCUUGUAAGAGUCCCAAAUCAGCCAUAGAAGAGGUCUGGUGAUGAUAAAUUAAGACUUAUAAGUGUGCUAGUGCCUAUAUAGCUUGUCACUGUAGAUCAGGAAACUCAGACGGUCACUGCCAUAUAACCAGUUAUGGUAAAAUAUCGAGCCACCAUGCCGC